AUGUUUUCUGAGGUGGAUUGUUCCGUCCUGCAGGAAGAUAAGAGUCUUGAUGAUGGAGGUGGUGUAGCAUCCAGACACAGAGAUGUUGUCAGAGUUGAAAUGGGAAGAAAUAGCUCAGUCUCAGAUGUGACAGAUGUAAAUACCACAGGUGGUGCUGAGAUGACUGAUGCAGAUGGUGUGGAGGCAACUGAGACAGGUGAUGCAGAGGUGACCAAGGCAGGCAGUGUGGAGAUGACUGAGGCAGGUGGUGCUGAGAUGACCGACACAGGCAGUGUGGAGACAACUGAUGCAGAUGGUGUCGGUGUGAGUGAUUUAGAUAGCAGCAGACCAGGAACAGAGGAUGCGGAUGGUGCGAUACCCAAUUUGAAGCUGGCAUCUGCUGAAGGAAGAGUGCCUGACCUGACUAUGCCAUUUUGA